UUUAGCCUCUUCUGCACAGGUUGGCGCAGUAGGCGAGGUGUGGAAACACUGAUUGCUCUGCUCUCUGCUUUCUCUGCCUGGGCUCCAUGAUGGAUUUCUUGUCGACUGCUACGUAGCCUCAGAGUGGGAGGGGACUGCCCUUUCUUCCUGCUUUUUGAUUGGUUUUACAGUUCUCUUGGCGGCGAGGGGGGUGCCUCUAAUCAUAUCCAGCAUGUUUUGCACAGGAAAUGUCAGCCAGAAAGGGCUAUCUUCUCCCUUCGCCAAAAUACACCACAAUAAUGUCAUGUUCGGACAGCCCGUCUGGAAACGCGUUUUUAGUGGAUUCUCUGAUCAGUGCCCGCACCGAGAGCGGCGGAGGUCACUACGCUGGGAGCGCGGUGUGCGUGCCGCACAGCGCCGCAGCAGAAGUGCCUUACGGACUACACAACUAUGGAUACUUCCCAGGUAUGACUAAACGGAGCGAGGUGGGUCCCCAGAAUGUUCUCUCCGCCUCAGGUGCGUACAUGUCCAGCAUGGAGAUGUGGAUGGACGCCCAGAGGUCAUGUCGUAUGGACCAAGAGCACUCUGUGGGUUCACAGGUCGCACCCUGCACUUUCCCGCAGAACAUCAAGGAAGAGAGCACCUAUUGCCUGUACGAGCAACCCAAGUGCCCCAAAGCGUCCACCGCCGAAGACCUUACAUAUUCAAGAUUAACUUCUUCUUGUACAGUCACUGAUGGCGGCGGCGGCACUGUGGGCGGCGGGGGCUCGGUGCCUGUGCCGGGCUUCUUCCGCUUGUCUCAGACUCACACACAUUCUCAUAAACUUUACAGCACCAACAACGGCCCCCAGUCGAACCCUUCCCAUUUUAACCUACAGCCCCCCACCGAUCUUGCUCGCUUUCACUCUCCACCAACCUCUACGUCUGCUCCAGCCACGGCGGAGAAGAAGCGGAAGGACGCCGAGGAAGCCGCAGACCUGCCGCCUCAAGCUGCGUCAGGCACCGAGAAGGGAGGCGACACCUCGGACGGCGAAGCCUCCUCUGCAGAUGAGGCAGAGGAGAAUGGCAAGGAGAGAGCAGCAAAGGCCAAUAAAGGAGACGCAAAAAGCGAAAACACGGCCAACUGGCUGACUGCGAAAAGCGGCCGAAAGAAACGCUGCCCGUACACCAAGCACCAGACCCUAGAGCUGGAGAAGGAGUUCCUAUUCAACAUGUACCUGACCCGAGAGCGCCGCCUAGAGAUCAGCAAGAGCGUCCACCUGACGGACAGACAGGUCAAGAUCUGGUUCCAAAACCGCAGGAUGAAGCUGAAGAAAAUGACGCGGGAGAAUAGAAUCCGGGAACUCACCUCCAACUAUGGAUUUUCAUGAUAAACAACAACUCGAGAGGGAGAUAAAAAGAAACAACAAACAAACAAACAAAUUUGAAUUUAUUGACAAGCUACCCGUUAUAUCCAUUACCAGUUCACCCCCACGCACAACGUCUCAUUUCACUGGUAGAUGCAACCUCCUCUCUGAAAAAGUGGGUCCGACUGUCUUCUGGCGUGUUUUUGUAUUGUCACGUCGUUUGUAGGACUGGGUUGUGUCGUUAAAUCAGUGCAGUUAAAUAAACACACACACACACACACACACACACACACACACACACACAUAUAUAUAUAUAUAUAUAUAUAUAUAUAUAUAUAUAUAUAUAAGCUGUCUCUGUAUCUCAUGCAAGGCAGGAUGGAUUCCCGGAGAGCUUCUGUCUAAAUUUAGAAAAUGCUUUCCUUAAUUCAUGGAAUUGCAUGACAUAAAAUUUUCCCACAAACUCAUAUUUGAAUAUGAAAUCUCCAAGCUGAAAACCAUUCAGACUGUGGUGAUUAGAUGUGUGGUUUCAUGGUAUGGGCCGCCUCUGUAUGUACGAGUAAAAUGCAUACAUUGUAAUUUUAUUCACAUUGAGAACAAAAAGCAGUGUGAAGGAGGAAUAUUUUUGUUGUAUAUUUCUGUGUACAGAUGACAUUGUGUUUUUGUGUAAUGCCUAAUAAAUUAUCAGCUCGGA